AUGGUGGUGAUGGUGGUGAUGAUGAGGAGGACGCAGAUGGGUGAGGAUGAGCAUGGAGGUUCUGCUGACCCCGAUACGUUUCUCCUCCGUGUGCAUAUUUACUCGAAUUCCUGUUCCUACGGCAACCCAGCAGCAGCGCAGCGCCGGGAGCAGCCUGGAAAGGCAGAGCGUCGGGCGGCCGCUCCAUGUUCGGAUGGAGCAGCAAAGCCGGGCUCGGCCGGGCAGCGCCACAAAGGCGGCUCAGAGCAGCUCCUGCUUCCCACAGCCCGGUCACAGUCUGCCCAAUUUGUGUUUAUUCACGGGUACCGCAGCACUCGGGCUGUGGGAGACGACUCACUUAGCGCUGAGCUCUCACUAAUUGGCUAUCAGCUCAGCGGUCCUCUCUUUGUGUCAGAGCAAAGCAUGGGAAUCGCACCACGCGUGACGCCUGCAUGGCUGCACACACCGAGCUCGGGAGUCGUCACACAAACAGAUGUGCCACAGCCCUUUGGCCAACUCAGCACAAGGUUUUGGAGGCACCUGGCAGAGCAUCACGCAUCAGCUGCAGGCAGGCCGUGGCUUCCAGGAGGUCAGACGGUGAGCGGCGCAGGGCAGCCCUCCCCACUGGGGUCCAGCAGUGCCCACCCCCAGCUGGAGCCGCCGCGGCGGGGCUGUGCUGUGCCCAGGAGCUCCGAGCCGAUCGUUUUAAUACCAGAGCAACACCAAAGGGGGUCAAGUAAAUAAAUAUGCAUGCCUCACUAGUUCAAAAUAAUAAAAUUCCAAUGUGUGCAAGCCUGCUUGUUGAACAUAUGUUUGCG